AUGAGCUCUGAAGACAUCAACAAGAUGGCUCAUGCCACGGACACGCCAGCUUCACGCGAAGACAGCGAUGAGGCACAGCAGGAACCUCCAACGGUCAUCGAAGGAGAUGAUCAACGCGGUCUGCAAAAUGUCGAAGCCGUGACAUUGAGCUGGUCGAAGACCUCGCUCAUUCUGGUCUUUCUCAACAUCUGGUUCCUCUACUUCGUGAACGCGAUGCAAUCUUCGAUCCUGUCCAACCUCCUUCCGUAUGCCACUAGUUCCUGGGAGACGCACUCGCUGCUCAAUGUCAUCUACGUGGUUGCAAGCGCCAUGUCCGCGGCAACCUAUGUGCCGUUGUCCAAGGUCCUCGACGUGUGGGGCCGUGCUGAGGGUUUCGCGGUCAUGACCACCUUCGCUACCCUGGGCAUGGUCAUGAUGGCGGCGAGCCACAAUCUUCCAACUUUCUGUGCUGCAUAUGUAUUCUAUAGCAUAGGGUUUGGUGGAAUGACAUUCGCAAUAGAUGUCAUUACGGCCGAUGUCUCUCAGCUGAAGAAUCGAGGGUUGGCGUACGCCUUCACUUCCUCCCCGUACAUCAUUACUGCCUUCGCCGGCUCCAAGGCGUCUGAGGGAUUCUAUUACAAUAUCAGCUGGCGAUGGGGCUUUGGCUGCUUUGCUAUCAUCUUCCCGAUCGUGGCCAUACCGCUGUUCGGUAUCCUGAAGUUCAGCGUCCACAAGGCCAAGAAGAACGGCACUUAUGUCCCUCGCAACAGCGGCAGGACAAUUCCCCAGAGUAUCUGGCACUACAUUGUAGACUUCGAUGCACUUGGAGUCGUUUUGUUCUCCGUAGGACUUGUGGUUUUCCUGCUACCAUUUGACAUUGCCGACUCCGCGCCCAACGGUUGGAAUACGCCCUACAUUAUCGCCAUGAUCAUCGUGGGAUUCUUGCUGCUGCUCUCGUUCGCAGUCUACGAGAAGUUCCUGGCCCCAGUGCCACUGCUCAACUUCACCUUCCUCACUGACCGAACCGUCGUCGGUGCAUGCCUCCUGGACGCAACCUACCAGGUCGCGUACUACUGCUGGGACAACUACUUUACCUCGUACCUGCAAGUAGUUAACGACGUUACUAUCGCCGAGGCCGGUUACAUCAACAAUACCUUCAACGUCGUGUCGGGCGUACUCCUGCUCCUGGUAGGCUACCUCAUGCGCCGGACCGGCCGUUUCAAGUGGCUUUUGUACAUCGCAGUGCCGCUGUACAUCUUCGCUCAGGGUCUGAUGAUCUACUUCCGCCGCCCCAACCAGACUGUCGGCUACCAGGUCAUGUGCCAGGUCUUCAUCUCCAUCGGUGGCAGUAUCUUCAUCAUCGUGCAGCAGGUUGCCGUCCUGGCCGCCGUCGACCACCGCCACGUCGCUGCCGCCCUUGCCCUGCUCAGCGUUGUUGGAACAAUUGGUGGCGCCAUCGGCGCCACGUUGUCUGGCGCUAUCUGGACCAACACCUUCCCCAACGCCCUGGAGAUGUACCUCCCUGCGGACGCCAUGGACAACUUCGACAUGAUCUACGAGGACCUGGACACCCAGCUGAGUUAUCCCGUGGGCAGCGAGACCCGUCUCGCGAUCCAGAAGGCGUAUGGAUACGCGCAGACCAGGAUGCUUGCUGCUGGAACUGGUGUUAUGGCCUUGUGUUUCAUCUGGGUGUUCAUGAUUAAGAACAUCAACCUGACCAAGAUUACCCAGGUCAAGGGAACAGUAUUCUAA